UUCACAACCCGCGAAGCGCGCCCACGCCAGGUGCUGCUGAGCUCGCUGAACCGAGGCCCGGGCAUGGAGGACACGGCGGCGACGCUGGCGACGGAGCUGGACGGGCUGCUGGCCAUGGCGAGGGAGCUGGAGGCGCGCGUCGACGGCGACCAGGGCGCGCCGGGCGCCGCCAGGGAGCUCUGCGCCGAGCUGGCCGCGUCCGUCGACCGGGCCAUGCGCCUCGCCGGCGAAGUCAAUGCCACCGGCAGGGCGAGCGUGAGCGGCAGGAAGGCCGCGGCGGGGAAGCUGAGGAGGCAGGUGCGGGUGGCGUCGGUGACGGACGCGGGGCCGCUCAACGACGGGCUGAGCUGGCGAAAGUACGGCCAGAAGGACAUCCUCGGCGCCCCGUACCCCAGGGCAUACUUCCGGUGCACGCACCGGCACACGCAGGGCUGCCAGGCCACCAAGCAGGUGCAACGCGCCGCCGCCGACCCGCUGCUCUUCGAUGUUAUCUACCACGGCGCGCACACCUGCGCCCAGGCCGCCGCGCAGCAGCAGUCGCCUGCUGGCUUCGAGCAGGAGCAGGAGAGCCCGCCGGCCGCGGCGCCGGAGGGGAUUCAGUGGCCGGUCACGCCGCCCUCGUUCCCCUCCCCGCCGGCCGGCACCGUUGGAGACUGCUACCCCUCCGUGUGCGAGCUUGCCGGCGGCUACGGCUACGCCGCCGGCGGAGGCCUCGGGGCUGACAUGGGGUUCGGUGGUCAACUGGACGAGUGGUUCUUGAAUCUGUCCGACGCUUUCCAACCGGAGGUUCAGAACCUGUAGGUGCUUGCUGCAGCCAGUAUCGUAGUGUAUUGUAUUCGCAGCACUGCAGCAGUAUUUAGAUUCAGACUCGUGUGAUCGCCGGCUUGAGCGAACGAAAGUGCCGAAUUCUCGAGCA